CUUUCUGGACGAAUUUCAAAGUGAAAGUGUAAUACCGCUUUUAUCAAACGAAUUUAUCAAAAACGGAUGUUAAAAAGAUUUUAAGAUUUAUUUUAAAUGCCUUUAUGUUUGAUAGCCAUUCUGAGUCUGAUCUCUAACAUAAAUUCCUUUAAAAAAACGCAAUUUUUUAAGCUUUUUGCUCAAAAUGUUGUAUUUUUGAAGAAAAAUAUCCAUAUUUCAGUGGUUAAAUUAAGUGGAAAAAUUAAAUAUAUAAUGAAACGUUUUUUCCCCAUUUUGUUUGUUUGUUUGUUUGUUUAUUGUUUGUUUGAAAGCAGAGGGUGUGUUCUUUAAUUUGAUAUAAUUUGUAUGUUUAUAUAUUUAUAGAAAAUAAUUUUUCCUGCAAGGAAUUUUGUGAAAAUUUUGUUAAAAUCACAAAAAUGCAGGUGGGCAACUUUUCUAAAAAAGGCUGGCGGUGAAUGAGUUAAACAUUUAUUUAGCACGUGUAAAAAAGCAUCUAUUCAGCAGUGUUGAUUUUAAAUAUUAUGCACUGUAUGUUUUAAUACAAUGUAGCCAUUCAAUUGAUAAAAUCCCUUUACAUUUCCAGGUGCUCCAUUCUGAUGCAAAGAUGGUGGUUUUCCUGAGCUGUUUAUUUGCAUUUGUUCUCUACCUUAGAGCAUCAUCUGCUAGUGAUAACUCUUGGAAUGCUGAAAUACCAAAAUCAGUAGUGGGUCUGUCUGGAUCAUGUGUGGUGAUCCCUUGUAAGUUCAACUACCCAUCAGAUAAAAAGACAUACUACCAAUACCAAUUUACAGGCAUCUGGUACAAAGAUGCAUCUGACAUAAUCUACCACAAAGAGACUUCCAAAAUCAUCAGCAAAUUCAGGGGUCGAACAAGUCUUCUUGGUGAUCUGCAUCACAAAAACUGCACUUUGAAAAUCAACUCUUUAAAUAACAGCGAUGGUGGAUUGUACAUGUUUCGCAUCGAGAUCAAGUAUUUCAACAAGUACUCAUUCAUGGAAAGUAAAGUUUCUAUUACAGUAAAAGAUUCACCUGAACAACCCACCAUAUCGGUGAAGGAGGAAGUGAUGUCACAAAGAGAAGUGACCGCUACCUGUAUCGUAUCAUAUUCCUGCCUGUCUGACUCGCCCCGUCUCAUGUGGAGCCAUGAAGGGAGGCUCAUGAGUAACUCUCAGUCACAAGACCACAGUCAAUGGAGAUUAACAUCAAAUCUGACCUUCACACCCUCCAGAGAAGAUCAUAAUAAACCUCUCAUCUGCUCUGCAGAGUUCAGUACUGGAAAGAAAGUGACCAGCACCAAAACACUUAAAGUUAAAUAUCCUCCUGAGAUUAAAAAUGGGUCUUCCUGCAAAUCAGAGCCUCUUACAAUCUGUGUUUGUAUCGUGGACUCCUACCCACCCAGUGAAGUCAAGUGGUUUGGUCCCUCGGGAGCUUUCUCCAGCUCUAGCAUUGAACAAAACAUUUCUCUUACCAUCUUUACCCUUCAGGGGUGGCUGUGGUUUCCUGACGCUGUCAAUUGCUCUGCCAGUAACAGCGAGGGAAACUCUGUCAUAACUAUCCAAGUGCCCCAUCAUGGCAUUAUCAUAUGUAUUAUGGUUGCCACAGCAGCUGUUUUAGUUACUUUAGUGAUCAUUUUAGUUUGUGUAGCCAAAAGACUCUGCAAAAGACAGAAAAGCAAUGACAUUUACACAAACUACCAAGAGGACCCACAUAAAAACUGGGGGUGUGAUGACAGACAUCUGCCGUGCGAGCGAGAUGAAGACGAAGCAAUCUACGCUAACACAUAAAAAUAAAUACAAGCAUUAUACCGAAUGUUAUAACUGUCACUGCCCCUUUUGAGUGGGGGGGGUGAAAAGGUGAUCUGCACGUUAAAAUGACUAUAACUCUGGCAUUCUUUGGUUUAGAAGCAAAAUCUUGGUCUCUUUUUUAAGAAGACAAUUUAUAGUUUUACACUGAGGUGUUUGAAGUUGUAAAUAUUAAAUGACAAAAA